AUGAAGGCCAUCUCAAGCGAAGACCUCAACCACCUCCUCGGCACUCUACCGCAAGAACUCUACGACGAGAUCUACACCCUCACCUUCACCCCCUCCUCGCACACCCACGCUUUCAGCACAUCUUGGCAACCACCUCACCUCCUCCACGUCGACCGCGCAAGCCGCGCCCUUUUUGCCGAGAAAUAUUUCGGCACGGCCUCUACCUUCACUUCACGCACUUCUGCCGUCAUCCACUUUGUCACACUGGCCAAAUGGCUCUCACGCCUCGACCCCAAACAUCUCGAGCUGAUCUCCAGCAUCAUGGUAACCGAUGUCAGGCCACAAGGAUCUCAGUCGUGGUCCCAAAUCAAUCCAUCUAUUUACUAA